AUGCUAUACCAUAGAUUCCAAACUACAUUCCAGUCCUUAAUAAGAUCAAAAAGACGUAACUUUUCUAAAUGUAAAAAUUCCUCAGAAUCAGCUGAAAAAAUAGCCCCUUUGUGUGAAGUAGAAAGAUUCAUAACGGAAUGCAUGGUCUCAGUUGGGGUAGAAGAACCAAAAGCAAACAUUUUCGCACAUAGCUUGGUCCAAGCGGAUUCUAGAGGCAUACACAGCCACGGACUUAACAGAUUAGAAAAUUAUGUAAAGGAUGUGAAAGACAAACUAUGUGAUGCUAAUGCUCAGCCCACUAUAACGAAAGAGGCAGCUUCAACAGCAUUGGUAUCCGGGCAUAACGGAUUAGGGGCAGUAGUUGGUAAAUUCUGUAUGGAUCUAGCUAUAGACAAAGCUUCCAAAACUGGAGUUGGAUUGGUCGCUGCCAAUGGUUCAAAUCACUUUGGUGUCAAUCUUCAGUAUUCCAUGCAAGCAAUGGAAAAAGGAUUCAUUGGCAUGUGUUUCACUAAUACUUCACCAGUAAUGGUGCCCACGGGUGCAAAAAAGGUAGCUUUGGGGACCAAUCCCUUGUCAUUAGCUGCACCUGGUGAGUGUGGAGACAGUUUCGUUGCAGAUUUCGCCACCACAGCAGUGUCAUUAGGAAAAAUCGAGAUUCACAAGAGGGACAAUAAGAAGAUACCAGAGGGCUGGGCGCUGAAUGACCAGGGUAAGCAAGAAACAGAUCCAGCGAUUGCCCUCAAGGCUAAAAAGUUGAUGCCUUUAGGAGCGACUUCUAGCUAUAAAGGCACAGGAUUAGCUCUGAUAGUCGAAAUUUUUUGUGGACUAUUGGCAGAUGCCAAGUAUGGUCCAAAUGUACGUUUUUGGGGCCAGAUGCCGCCAGAAGAAGCAAAUUUGGGCCAGAGCUUCUUGGCCAUCAAUCCCGAAAAUUUCGCUCCUGGUUUUGGACAUAGGCUGAGCGAUUUAUUGAACUACAUCAGGAAACUAGAACCGGCGGAUCCUAAACAUCCCGUCAUGGUACCAGGUGACCCUGAGAAGCUCCAUAUGAAGAUUAUUGAGGAACAGGGUGGGAUUAUUUAUCCGAAAUCCAUAAUGGACGUUGUUGAAAAACUGAGCAAAGAACUGUGCGUGCAGAUAAUCGAAUACAAAACUAAGUAA